CGAUAGUUAAGACAAUGUCGUACUCUCGAUGAAUUAUUGGAGGAAAUUCUUGGCAACCUUGCUAUCAUGUGCUGAUUUUAAUUUAGAAGACGGAUUUAGGACUACAACUGCAGGAGAAAUCCAACCCUACAGGCUUCCUUGAAAUUACAAAAUGCAAAAGAUUCGCCGACAAAAUACAUGAUGGUUACGAAAGUUCUACAUCCAUUACCUCUCGGUACUUUGUGUCCAGCAUGAUUCACUCAAGUUCGUCAGUACUCCUGGUAGUGGGGUUUGCACUGGUCGCUACUGCCGCUCCAUGCGACCUUUACGCAUCCGGGGGAACCCCAUGCAUUGCUGCUCAUAGUACGACUCGAGCAUUGUACAGUGCCUAUAGUGGCCAAUUGUAUCAAGUGAAACGGGGAUCCGACAACACUACGACGAUUAUUUCGCCAUUAUCCACUGGUGGUGUUGCAAAUGCAGCUGUGCAAGACACGUUUUGCGCAAGUACUACCUGCCUGAUCACGGUCAUCUACGAUCAAUCAGGCCGGGGGAAUCACCUUACUCAGGCCCCUCCUGGCGGUUUUCGUGGUCCGGAGUCUAAUGGAUACGAUAACCUGGCUAGUGCAACGGGCGCACCAGUCACACUUGAUGGCAAAAAGGUGUAUGGAGUCUUCAUAUCACCAGGGACAGGCUACCGAAAUAAUGCAGCAAGUGGUACUGCGACAGGGGACUCAGCUGAGGGGAUGUACGCUGUGUUUGAUGGAACGCACUACAAUAGUGGAUGCUGCUUCGACUACGGUAAUGCUGAGACAAAUAGUUUAGACACGGGUAAUGGACAUAUGGAAGCUCUCUAUUUCGGUACCAACACCGCUUGGGGUACAGGAGCAGGCAGCGGCCCAUGGCUUAUGGCAGACUUAGAAAACGGCUUAUUCUCAGGCCAGAACCCGAAAAAUAAUGCCGGUGACCCGUCUAUCUCGUUCAGAUUCUUCACAACUAUACUCAAGGGGGGACCUAAUAAAUGGGCUAUUCGUGGUGCCAAUGCUGCUUCUGGUCCGUUGUCCACCUAUUAUAAUGGCAUGCGUCCGAGUGUGAGUGGCUAUAAUCCGAUGCAUAAAGAAGGCGCAAUCAUCCUGGGCAUUGGCGGCGACAAUAGUGUGAGUGCCCAAGGCACCUUCUACGAAGGUGUUAUGACGUCUGGUUACCCGACCGACGCUACCGAGAAUUCAGUGCAGGAGAACAUCGUUGCUGCGAAGUAUGCCACGACAUCUCUGACGAGUGGGCCAAUUUUAACUGUUGGCUCAUCCAUCUCGUUGCGCGCGACUACGCCGGGUUAUACCACACGGUAUCUUGCCCACACUGGCUCUACUAUCAACACCCAAGUCGUGGAUUCGUCUAGUAGUACAUCUCUCAAGCAGCAAGCGAGCUGGACAGUACGGGCUGGUCUUGGUAACAACGCAUGCUUCUCAUUCGAAUCAAAGGAUACUGUGGGAAACUAUAUUCGACAUUCCGCAUUUGAGCUUAAGCUCAGUGCGUCCGAUGGUUCGAAGCAGUUCAAGGAAGAUGCCACUUUCUGCCCACAAUCUGGACUCAAUGGCCAAGGAAAUUCGAUUCGAGCCUGGGGUUAUCCUACCCGCUAUAUCCGUCAUUACAGCAAUGUAGCAUACAUUUCAAGCAAUGGCGGUGUUCAUUCAUUCGAUCAAGCGGCUUCAUUCAAUGACGAUUCGAGCUGGGUCAUCGGCAGCAGCUUUGCGUAGGCGCAUUAUCUUGGCGAUCAAGUCAGUAUAAGAAGCCCUGGUAUGCUAUAACUGUUCAGAUGUUCAUUCCAUACCAGUCUUUGAUCCUUUUCGCACUGGCUUGAAAUGUUAAAGAAAAAUCGAGCAUAUUGGGCAGG